UAUCGACGGCGUCCGCCAUUUUGUCUCCAGAGUCUCGUUUGCAGUCGACAACGCUGGUUAAGGCGUCUCGGUCCGUAGGAAAGACCAGAGUCUAUUGUCUGUGUUUGACUCCGUAGUUAGGUCCGAGGCCUUCCGGAGCUUUCCUGGGGCAGUUGGCAGAGGCCGCCGCGACCACCCCCGCCCCUCCCCUUCGUCCCCGGGACCGGGAGGGAACGAGCUCGCGUCACGCCCCUCGGCGCUCGCCGCUCCUUUCUCUGUGGUUGCGUCCGCAUCUCGCCCCCGGAAUCAGACGGUACCCCAUAGAUGGCCAGCUUUUCCCCGAGGGUCAACGAGAAAGAGAUCGUGAGAUCACGUACUAUAGGUGAACUUUUAGCUCCAGCAGCUCCUUUUGACAAGAAAUGUGGUCGUGAAAAUUGGACUGUUGCUUUUGCUCCAGAUGGUUCGUACUUUGCUUGGUCCCAAGGACAUCGUACAGUAAAGCUUGUUCCGUGGUCCCAGUGCCUUAAAAACUUUCUCUUGCAUGGCACCAAGAAUGUCACCAAUUCAAGCAGUUUGAGAUUGUCGAGACAAAAUAGUGAUGGUGCUCAGAAAAAUAAGCCUCGUGAACAUAUUAUAGACUGUGGUGAUAUAGUCUGGAGCCUUGCUUUUGGAUCCUCAGUUCCAGAAAAACAGAGUCGCUGUGUAAAUAUAGAAUGGCAUCGAUUCAGAUUUGGACAAGAUCAACUACUCCUUGCCACAGGGUUAAACAAUGGACGUAUCAAAAUAUGGGAUGUAUAUACAGGAAAACUCCUCCUUAACUUGGUAGAUCAUACUGAAGUGGUCAGAGAUUUAACUUUUGCUCCAGAUGGGAGCUUGAUCCUAGUGUCAGCUUCAAGAGAUAAAACUCUGAGAGUGUGGGACCUGAAAGAUGAUGGAAACAUGAUGAAAGUAUUGAGGGGCCAUCAGAACUGGGUAUACAGCUGUGUAUUCUCUCCUGACUCUUCCAUGCUGUGUUCAGUGGGAGCCAAUAAAGCAGUUUUCCUUUGGAAUAUGGAUAAAUAUACUAUGAUACAGAAACUAGAGGGACAUCACCAUGAUGUUGUAGCUUGUGACUUUUCUCCUGAUGGAGCAUUACUGGCUACUGCAUCUUAUGAUACACGAGUAUAUAUCUGGGAUCCAUAUACUGGAGACAUUCUGAUGGAAUUUGGGCACCUGUUUCCCCCACCUACUCCAAUAUUUGCUGGAGGGGCAAAUGACCGAUGGGUACGAUCCGUAUCUUUUAGUCAUGAUGGACUGCAUAUUGCAAGCCUUGCUGAUGAUAAAAUGGUGAGGUUCUGGAGAAUUGAUGAGGAUUAUCCAGUACAAGUUGCACCUUUGAGCAAUGGUCUUUGCUGUGCCUUUUCUACUGAUGGCAGUGUUUUAGCUGCUGGGACACAUGAUGGAAGUGUGUAUUUUUGGGCCACUCCAAGGCAAAUUCCUAGUCUUCAACAUUUAUGUCGCAUGUCAAUCCGGAGAGUGAUGUCCACCCAAGAAGUCCAGGAGCUACCGAUUCCUUCUAAAGUGUUGGAGUUUCUCUCCUAUCGUAUUUAGAGGACUCUGCCUUCCCUAGUAGUAGGGACUGACAGUACCUUUUACAUAAACCUCAAGCUUUAUUGACUUUAAGUAUCUGUUUUUCAAGGUUUAGAAGAUUUAUUUAAUUUGAUGCAUUCUUGUAGUGCAUUUUGAUCAGUUGGGCUUUUAAAUGUUAUUUAUAGAUUGUAGAAGUAUUUCUGAACAUAUGUACAUUUUUUUUCUAAAAUUUAACUGUGAAAACAUAUAUACUUGUACAUAUUUAGAUCUAAGCUGCUAUGUGUUGGAUGGACCCAUUUGCUUUCCUAAGUUUUAGUUCCAACAUGUAUAUAUUGCUUCACUAGAGCCCCAAUAUGUAUCUUUGCUAUAAAGUGGAAGGAAUUUUUUUUUAUUCUGGGACACUGAGUUUUGAAUGGUAAAUAUUGAUUCAAGAAAGCUGAAUUGCCUCCUAUAAAAUAUGCGUUUGAUUGGAGGGAGGGUGGCCGGACAACUGACCUGCAGAUAAAACAGUUUUCGUUUAGAGAAAGGAUUAUGUUUUCCUUAGGAAUGGCUUCUGAGAGGUAGAGUUUGAAUGUGACAUUAUUAAAUUAAAACAGAGCCAGGAUAUAACUAGAAAAAGGAUGUCUUCCUGCCCACCCCCCUUUUCUUCGAACUAUUGUUACAAGCCUUAAUUUUGGAAAGCAGCUUGCUACUUUAACCCUUUAGUAUAAAGUAUUAUAAAUUUUAGGCAAUUUGAAAACCCAUCUACUGUAUUAUUGCUAAAUAUUUUGUUUGUAUUAAGGGACAAUUAUUUUAAGACCAUGGUUUUUUGCUUGGGCGCUUUUUUUUUUCUUUUUUCUUUUUUUUAACAUAUACCCUAUGUUUCUGCAGGGGAUAGUAUUGGUGACUUGCCAAAGAAGCAAUACAGUAUACCUGCUUUUGCCUUCUGUUAUUUAUCUUACCUGCAGAUAAUAAGAAUGUAUACGUUAUGUAAAAUACUCGAUUAUAUAUUUUUGUUGAGUUUUUUAAUUAAAGACUUGUAGAAAAACA